ACGGAAGUGUGAUAAGCGCAUCACAGAUUUACUUUUGUGUAUAUAAACGCCUAAUCUGAAAAUCUCGUGUGAAUUCACGUGCUGAUUCACGGACCUCGUUGGCCUUGCCUGGUUGAACAUUAAUUCAGCUGAGGUUGCAACUUGUUGUUUAGGGGAACCACCGCAAUUUCGCGGAGGAUAGAUUACUGCGUAUGAUGUUAGAGUAUCUUAAAUACUUUUUUUAUUAUUGCGUGGGACGACAUGUGACCCUUGGAAACUACUACUGUCAAUAAAGAUAUAAACUCUUAAAGUAGAAUAUUUUUUCGCCGGGAAACUUAUUGUAAUCAACAUGAAGGACGAACUGGAGGGCAGUUGUAAUUCCGAGCUACCAGCUGUGAUCGGAGCCUUAUUGGAUACCCUGGACGACAAGAAUCAGGACGUAAAGCGGUCCGUGAUCGAGUCGAUUGAAAGAAUAAGCAAGAAGAAUCCGGAGGUCGUCAUCCAUGCCGCGAUAUAUUUUUGGGAGAUGCAUAAAAAGAUAUCCACGGAGCACAUGGGAUCCCUGUUGAACAUAAUAUCCGGCGUAUGCAGACAUUCAGCUACGGGUUUGAGCGUAGAUCUAGUGACGUCCCUCGCCGAGGUGGCGGUCAACGAGUUGAUAGGAGAGACUGAGAACGAGGCGGCCGAGCUGUUGAUUGAGCUUUGCAAGAUACACUGCAUGCAGGCUACGGGUGGACUUUUAACCAAAUUGGAACCUGGGAUAAUUCCUAAUCCCGCGAUAGUUUUCACAAUAGGAAAGCUCGCGGCGGCCAAUCCGUAUGGGAUGCUGUCCUUUGUCAAAAUAACGUUGACUAUCAUGUUACCGAUGCUGAAUCAAGUGCGCGAGGAAGUCCUGAAACAAGCGAUCUGCUUCAUGAUUUCCAAGUUUUGCGAAGCUAUAAACGAUUAUAUAUUGAACGGAGAUGACGCGUCUCUGGGAAUUAAUAAGCAAACUUUUGUGGAAGAAAUUUUUUCCGUUUUUGACUUUCUGACGUCCAAUUGGUUGAAGACAUCUCGCGAUUCCAAAUCAACGGAAGCUAUUUUAACGACACUCGUGCCUAUGGUAUCUUUGCUGCCUAUGCAGCAAGAUAGCGAGAGAAUUGUAAAAUUGAUACCCGUAUGCUUAAGCCUUUGCAAAAAACCAAAUACACGUUUAGCUGCUGUAAGAGUUUUAGCUGUGAUUUUAAGCUCAGUUGAGACUGAAAAUGACAAAGAGGCAAUCCGCCCAUUUAUGGAGCACAUCCACCAAACUCUGUCCGAAUUCGUUAGUAUUUGUCCCUUCGAAGCAGCUCGGGAUGCAGUUCUUACGCAUUAUGAAGUGUUGCAAUGCUCCAGAUCAUUGGUCAUCUUGUAUCCCGAAGAAGGCCUCGAUAGAAUCCUGCAGCAAUUGAAGUCACCGAUCGCUAAUCAACGCGCUCGUGCUUUGGUAGUCCUAAGACACCUCAUAAACACCCUUCCGCCAGAGGACGAUGGAUCCCUGCAGAGAAUCGCGCUUAGCCUGCAGGAGUCUCUCGGGGAGAAUGGUGCGCUCCAAAUGGUCGGCGCUAUAGUGGCACUCGCGGCACGGCCGACGUUUCCCCUUUUGCCAUCGCAGAGAGCUAGAUUCGUUCGCUAUAUGGUGUCACAUUGCGAAAUAAAGAGCGACGAUAUGGAGGCAUGUUCCGAAGCUUUAUAUCUGCUCGCGACGACAGUUGACGGUGUCGAAUCUUGGCUUUGGCCGUGUUUAAUAAAUGCAUUACUUGACUCGGCUUGCGUGGCAUCUGUCACAUCCGUGCUACGUUCACUAUCUCCGUUAGCGGCAAAAAUAAUACGUGAAAACUCUUCGACAAAUGAGAGGGAUUUCCCUGGUACGAAAGUCUUGGGCAGAUGCCUGGAAUUGUUAAGCAAUCCGGCUAAUCGACCCGCAGUAAUGGCCUUUUUAAAGUCGGCAGCGCCUCUGAUUGGACAUCAAGUGAAAUCUUAUUGGGAUGAGAAGCUGCAGGAACUUUCGCAGGAACUUCUGCAAGAUGAGAGAAGCUUCCGAAAGGGCUCUAAAGAAGUGAAAGACGCUAUGCAAUGGGAUAUAAUCUGGGAGAAGAAAGUGGUCGAGUGGUUGGAAGAGAGCGUGAAGCUGGAAGGAGAGUCGUGGGGCGCAAAGCUCGCUGACGAGCUCGCAUUGAAAACAAACACGCCGGGUGUGGCGCCGCUCUUGGCAUCUACCUGCAACAACAACGCUCACAUCACUCUGCUCGUCGAGCUCGCGCGUUCUCACGGCGCUACCAAGGAAUUCGCGCGAGCAGUCGGCAUCUGCGCGAAACGGCAUCUAAACAUCGUGCUGAAAUUAAUGGAGGAAUUUUGCACCGCCGAGGAUGGCAGAAAGGCCCCCGUGAGAUUGCUAGGUUUUGUGAAGGACACAAAGGCCGCCGCUACCGCCGAGGCUGCGAAAGCGGGUUUAUUGCAGUCCUACGCCGAGAUCGCGCAGAAGGCAGAUCCGGAGGAGCUUUUCCCCGUGUUUGAAAAGCACGUGUUACCGUGGACUAUUAAACAGUUGCACGAAUGCAAGGAACUGUCUACGAAGGAAGCGGGAUUGUCAGUCUUGGAACAAGUGGCCAAUGCUGUUCAUCCCGCCAGGUUGCCCGAAUCUAAGGGUCUGCGCGCAAAGGCCACUGCGCUAGCCACUUUGUUGGGAAUUUUGCAGUCGUCGACUGGAUAUAGGCCGUUACAACUCUAUCCGGCGGUAUUGAAAGCAGCGAACUCUCUAAUACGUAUACCGCCAGCGUUAAAUAACGAGGAAAGAGAGAUUUUCCUCAGUGCAAUACUGGAUAAGACGAUUAGCGCCAGUUCGGAGAUUGCUCUGCAGUUACAUCCAGAAAUAAUGCAGCAAGUCGUGGAUGAGCUGGGGACCGUGUCCAGUGAGAUGGUAUCCGAUUCAGCGGACGCGCUAGCCGAGCUGGUUGACAUAUUAUUACCCUGGAUGCAAUCCAAGUCGAAUGUGGAGAGAAAAACUACUCUGUUGGUGCUGCAUACAGUGCUCCAGUCUUAUUAUAAUUCUUUGAAAUAUACAUAUCCAGGCGGCAAGUUGGAUGCCGGAAAGCUAGUAGGAAGAACUUUGUGCUGGUGCGCGGACACGGAAUUCGCGUUGAGACCGCUCGCGAUAGAUUGCAUGCUUCUCUCUCUGGACAUUGCAGCCCGUCAUCGACAGGUGUUACCUGAUAAUACCUUGAGUGAAGACGUGCAACAAAUAAAGAAGGAACUUAUGAUCGAAGACUCGUCGGUAUCCUACGGAGCCGUACAAAGACUGGCUAAUGCGGUAUCGCGGAAAAUCCCCAACGGCGAGAUAGUCAGCUUAGCGGAGGGAUUAAUAGAAGGGCUGCUGUUCUAUGGAGAAGCGGGCCUGGUGGCAGGCAUAGCUCUCUCGCAACAUUUUCAAAUUAAAGGAUCGGAGAUAUCCAGGACCGACGUUUGCUUAGUCGACAAUAUAAUCGCGCAAAUGAGACAGAUGGAAAACGCGAGCUGCAGGUACAUCGCGACGGUGUCUAUAGUGUCGCUGAUGAAGCACCAUCCGGAAGAGGUGAUCGAGCACCUUUUGUCUCAGCCGUUACCAUUGGACCCGGGCACCGCGUUGUGCUGGAAAGAAAUUGGCAAUAACGACUUCCUUGGUCCCCGAGCUUUGGAUAUGCUGCUAAUAAAACUCGAAUCCAGCAGUCUGUUCCUUGAUAUUACUAUUCCGUCCAUGCAACCAGGACGGAACAAUACCGCAUCUCUCCCGUCCUUGGCGGCCAUCGUAGGUUUGAAGCAUCUUCUCGAAUCGUCGCAUAUGGAAAGCUUGAUUACCGACAUGCAAUUAGCGGGAUUGCUAUCGAUUCUUCUCAAGUAUCUCUCGGGCUGGCUGCACGUCGACGCUCCCGCAUCGUUGAUAAAUACGAAGUACGGCUACGUACCGAAUCGGGCGGCGCAGAAGAUAAAUCCACACACGGAAGUGUAUUCCAUAUUAACCAAUGUAUUAGCGAUCAUCCAGCCGAACGUUGCAUCCAACUUGCCGAGGGAGACUACAUUUGCUUCCGAAACGCAAGCCGAGGAGAACCUGAUAUCGACUGUACGAACACUGAUGAAAUGUAUAUCGACUAGAAACGAGGUUUUGUCGAGCAUGACGCAACACCUGGGCAAGCUGAUGACCAGCACGAUGGCCAUACAGCGAGCGGUCGCCGCCACUUUUUACUCUGAAUUGAUUGGCAAAAUAGAUUGCGGAGCUAUAUGGCUGGAGGCCAUAAUUAAUACCCUGCACGACGCCAAGGCCGAUUCAUCGUCCUUAGUGCGAAAGCUCGCUACCAUCGGACUUGCUAGAAUAGCCUACUUGGACCCGAGACAGGUCGACGAGUAUUUCGACAAUUGCAUGGAAGCCUUGCUCGACGGCUUGGAGGAGACCGCCGGUGGGGAAGGCGGUGCUGAGGUAGUACUCGAAUCGUUGCGCGGCCUCUCGGUGCUGCUGUCGGUUCAGUACAAGAGGCCCAUCAGCCCGCGAGUGGUGCUUGCCUUGAAACCGUUCGUCGAGAAAGAAAACUGGGAGAUGAAGCUCGCCGCCAUAAGCGCCCUGGGCGCGAUAGCUACCAAUUGGCAGAGAUCAAUUGCAUUGCCGAAUGACGAUUUGAUCGAUCACCUUCUGGGCUGUUUGCCGUCUCUGAUAAUAAGACUGGAGGACCCCAAUAUAACAGUAGUCAAGACUGCGCAGGAAACCUUAUGUAAGACUGCAAGCAUUGUACAGAGUGAGAGAUUAUCGGGCGUGAUACGUACUAAUUUGGGACCACAAGCGACGUUCAAUUUCGAGAAUUUUUCCAAAGACUUGAUAAACUGUUUGAAAGAGGAAUUCCCGCAGAGAGCAGAAGAACUAAGAAAUGCCGUUGCUCGCGGCUACUCCAGAUCGGAGAAUUACCACACCAGAUCCACGUCCGCGCUGCUCUUAGGAUUAUUCGAUUCCCCGAGGCCCGAGGACGUGCAAAGACUGUUGCAACUUCUGCGUGAUCAAGAAAGUAUCGUGAGAAUACGCGCUUCGCAAGCCCUCUCGUUUUGCUUUACACCUUAGCAUAGAUGACCUUUCGAUGAUUCGUU